CCUGUUUCAUCCCGCCGUCACUUAUCCACCAGUCCACCAGCACUCCGCGAGGAAUUCUUUCAAAAUACAACACGACGAUGGAUAUUCAACGAGACCGACCGUUUAAACGAACGAUACGUCAAAUUUCGACCAACAGAGCUCCAACGGAUUGCCGGUGAAGCAGUACAACAAGACUAUUGCCCUGAUAUUGCUAAGCUUGCAGAAGGGGGCUUCAACAAGGUGUUUCUUCUACGAGAAAAGAACGGUCGUGAAGUGAUCGCGCGAAUUCCUACUCCUAUUGCCGGGCCUCCUCAUUACACAACUGCCAGUGAGGUGGCUACGAUGAACUUCUUGCGAAAUGUCCUCAAACUGCCAGUACCUGAGGCCCUAGCAUAUUCGGCGUCAUCGGACAAUCCCGUCGGAGCAGAGUAUAUUCUGAUGGAGCGGGUGGAGGGAGAGAGUCUUUCCUCACGGUGGUUAUCUCUCACGACCGACGAGAUGAAAGAUAUCAUAACACAAAUUGCAGUCAUAGAGAGGAAGAUAUUCGAUUUUCAGUUCCCUGCGUAUAGAAGCUUAUAUCAUAAGAAGGACCUUGAUGGGGAAACCCAGAUACCAGUCGUGGAAGAUUUCUGUAUCGGCCCUGUGUCUGCGCGGCAAUUUUGGCAUGGCGAACGGAGCGAAACAGAUAUUGACCGUGGGCCCUGGCUUUCACCCUUGGACUGUGUUACGUCCGCGGCUCGCCGAGAAAUGGCUCCUCGCCAGACAUUUCUGCUACCAACUAACUAUAAUAUUGACCCCUCUGUGCAUACCUCGUUACUUUCGCGGUUCCUACAAUUGGCACCUCAUUUAAUCCAGCCGGGUCCUUACAGCGCCCCGACGCUAAGACAUCCCGAUCUAAGUCUGAGCAACAUUUUAUUAGCACCAGGAUCAACCAAAAUCAUCAGCAUCAUUGAUUGGCAAGAUGCCGUGAUAUCCCCCCGCUUUAUGCAAGCAGGCUAUCCCGCGUUUUGUGAGCGCGACUCCUCACAGCCUCAGAGUCUACAGAUUCCAUCUCUCCCCGAUGAUUUCGAUGAGAUGGAUAUCGAACAACAGAGACAAUCCAGAGCCGUCUUUCGCUUAGAAGAGGCCAACCUCUACUACACGGCGGCGACAGGUGUACACAAUGACGAACAUAUGGAUCUGCUGAAACUUCCUCAUCUCGGAAUGCGGCAGCAUCACAACUCCAUCGUUUGUCCGGUUGUGUUUAGCGACGAAGAACGAGAGGCUGCCAUGGCGGAAUCGCAGGAAUGGAAUGAGUCCGAACAGCUACUGUCCCGGGUUAGAGAACACCUCGAUAUCGACCCGGAAGGCGGGACCGAGCCAGAUAACUUCGAGAGGGCGUUUCGUAUGGAAAUGGUUCGGCAAGCAGAGGUGGACCAGAGGGAGAUCUGUUGGCGUAAUUGGCCGUAUAAGGAUGAAGAGGAUAACAGCAUGCCUCCCGGGAAUAUUUAA